AUGGACGAAGUCACUCUACAGAAGGCCCACUCCGAAGCCACCAAAGCAGACGCCGCCGUCCUAUCACGGCGGCCAAAAGACGCGAUCUCUCUCUACGCCUCCGCGGCAUCAAUGUUUGAAUCCCUCCAAACAUCAACCAAAGACGACGAAGCCCGCCGGAUGCUCUUACUUCUCCAGCAGAAAUACGCGCGCUUGUCGGCGCAGAUCAAAACCCAUCUCGAGACGAACCCGGAGAUGUUCAAGAAAAGCAGCGUCGGUCAGCAGCUCCAUUCAGUGGGAUCGGGCGCGAGCAGCUCUGCGUCGGCGCUGGCGUCGAGCUUGGCUUCUGCACGCGGGAUCGCGGCGAAUGAUAUUGAUCAGCAUUACGUGAACGUCAAGCACCGCAGCAGUAGAGCCGCCAGUGAUCUCGCGCCGCCGUCGGCUCUUGCUGCGGCGGCGAUGGGGCACGAUGGCAACGAUGAUUUGUUUACAAGGUUUAACAGCACGAUCGAGAUUUGCAUGACCAGGCUCUUUCACUCAUCCGGCAAGACCGUCGCCGCGUUUGACGCGCUCCGGCGACAAGGUGGCGCUGGUCUCGAUCAAUACGGCACCGGGAUGGAAUCUUUCUACGUCGUGCCCACGUCGCGAAAGGAGACCGCCGCGUCAUCAGACCCCGGCGAGUCAUCCACGUCGUCUACCGGACAACCGUCCGCGACACUAGUGUCUGAAAUCACAAGCAGUCUCUCCGCGCACGAGACGAACCUGCGCAAGCAGCGCGACGUGAUGAGGAAUAACCUCGGCAAGUUGCGGAUGGAGAUCCGCGCGCGCGAAUCGCGGCGGACGAAAGAGCUCGAGGGCGAGAUCGAGCGGUUGGUGGCUGAGAAUGAAAAGUUGAAGAUUUCGAAUGGGAGGUUGAAGACGCGGUGGGAUAAUUUGAUGGAGAGCGCGAGGAAGAGGAGGGAGGUGGCUGCGGGGGCUGAUGCUGCUGCUGCUGAUGAUGAUGAUGGUGCGGAGAGUGGAGAUGGAGUUGCUGAAGAGUGA